AUGUCUUUGCCAGAAUUCAAAACGAUUUUGUUAUACUCCGACGAUGGUGCUUCGAAAAUAUGUUUAAAAGAAACAGAAAAGAUGUUUUCAUUAUUAUUUCCCCACUCCAAAGUCAUUCGAAUCACUGCAACUGAUGUUCUCAACACCAAUUGGCAGAGUAUUGCUGAUCUCUUUGUCAUGCCCGGAGGUGCUGACCGCCCAUAUAAUAGGAACUUAGGUGAAGCUGGGAGUAAGUUAAUACGACAGUAUGUAGAAAUGGGUGGAAAGUAUCUUGGGAUCUGUGCUGGCGCUUAUUUUGCGUGCGAUCGGUUUGAGUUCAACAAACACAUAGAAGGUGAAGAAGAAGUUUGUGAGGAGCGUUCGCUCAAGUUUUUCGAUGGGAUGGCAUUUGGGCCUUUAUACCCCAACUUUAAAGAAAAUUUGGAGACGGGGGCGGUUGUAGUUCCGAUCUUUUAUAAUGAAACUCAAUGUUCUAUUUACUAUAAUGGAGGAUGUGCUUUUGUUCAUAACGACGACAAGUCAAGUGUCACUCAUACUGAUAAUGUCGUGGCUUUCUAUGAGAAUGGGAUGAAUGCAGUUUAUGUUAAAACUAUAGGAAAAGGGAAAGUGGUACUCUCAGGACCACAUUUUGAGAUCUCAGGAGAGUAUUGUAAGUCAAUUAAACUACUUGAUGAGAAUACUUCUGUUGAUACUUUUGACCAACAGCGAAUUUCUUUUGCGAAUUAUGUGCUGAGUUUCUUUUAA